UAUAUUUCUGCCUCUGCUGCUUUCGCUGCAAGACUCGAGCGGGUUGUCCGGCCUGCGAGACGCAUCUUAAUGUGCGGCGACGCGUUGUCUUGGGCACCUGUUUGGGUUUGAUGAUUGCACUGAUCGGCUGCUGCAUGGUGCUGGCGUUCCUCUCGAAUGGCAUGCUGGAGCGGGGGCUCACCACCACCAAGCAGAUCCUGGAAGUGGGCAGCGUGGACACUUGCAACUUCCUGAAGGAUGUCAGCGAACACGUUCAUCAUUUGUUUGUGAGCAACUACGAGGAGAUGGAGACCCAAUUGGUAGCCACACUCAAGGAUGCACCCAAUCAUUUGUUUAGAGACCUGAACGAUGUGGCUGAAGGCAACGCCAUAGCGGAGCUCGCACGGAUAUUAAACAAUGUUUUCAAGGCGGUAGUAGAUACGAGCGACGUUGAAUCCGUGCAAAAUAACUUGCUGCGGGAUACCUUCGUUCUCAGAGAAGCUCUGCGCGGCGUGAAGCGUAAAAUAAACUUUGCGGCAACGGUGCUCUGUGGGAGCAAGGAAUGCCUGAAAUUUCUACGCAAUGCGGACAUUGAGUUUAUUGACACAUCCAGAUGCCUGCACUUGGACGAAGCACCCAGCUUAAGGGAAAUCAGAUAUGAGAUGAUGGUGGUCUUUCUUCCGGAUACGUACAGAGGAAAUCAGAUACUGGACCGUCUCCGUGCGGUGAGCAAAAAGAUCAGGAACGAACUGGAGCGUGUGACACCGCCGAUAAUCAAGGACAUACGCAAGGGCGGCAUUCUCUUUGCCGGCGAGUCGCGAAAAGUACAAGAAAUAAUUGAUGUGGUCAUCAGCGACAUUCAUUUGGGCACUCUCCGUGCGACGCGUGCAUUCGAGGAUCUCUACGAUAAGUUCAAUGAGACGCGCUACCACGUGGUCCUCUACAUCUCCGUGUGCGUGAUUGCGAUACUGAUUGUGCUGAUUGUUGCUCUAUUGCUCGGCUGCUUGGCACCGCGCGUCACGGGCGUCAACGAUUCCUUCUUCACCAUGAAACUGGGCUCCUACGCUCUCAUAUUAGCCAUGAUAUUGAUAUUCUGCGUGAUCUCCGCCAUGCUGAUUGUGGGCCUCUUCUACUUUGUCAUCGGUUCGGUGGCAUACAAGGGCGCCUGCGCACCGCUGAGGGAGCAAAAGGCGAGUGCGCUGCUCCGACAGCUGGAUGGGCACAUCGAUCUGAAAAAGUAUUUCUCAUCGCAAGCCAAAGGAGCCGCACGCAUGACUUUGUCAUCAGUGAUUGAGGCGUGCGAGGGGGAGCAAUUUAUAUUUCCAUUUCUGCGCCAACAGAGGAUCUACAACGUGGACAAUCUGCUGCGCGUUCGCGUGAUGACGCCGCAAGAGAGGAAUUUUGAUCCGAAGCUGGAUCUAUCCAGAUCAUAUUUGCUAACAACGUACGAGAGGGAUGUGUUUCUGACCAAACCGGAGACGAACAUUGUGGGGCUGUACGACAGUCGCCUGUUCACCGAAUCCAUUUGCCCCGAACUCACGCCCAUGGAUCUGCGACAACUCGAAGCGGACCUGCUGCGCCUCUCGCGCUCACUGUCGUCUCGUCAUUACCACAUGGCCAAGGUGGCCUUCGAGAACGAGUACGUGAGUCUGCAGUCCUUCAGGCGAGCCUUUCAUGCAGCUGUACAUCGAGAUGUUGCAAAAAUGGUCAAGGAACUGCGCAAAGCUGAUAAGCUUUUGCUAUACCAGAACUACAACCUCGGCGAUUCCAUUAGAAUACUCAGACAGUCAGUGAUUGAUACUGAGAAGUUUAUACAGACCAAGGGGACGGCAUACCUGGCCACACUGGCCCAGAACCUAACCGAAAUGGUUGAUCAGCAGAUCAACACGUACAUCCGCAUGGUAGUCCACGAAGCCAACUACGUUGUGGGUCGCUGUGAGCCACUCAGCUACAUAUACGACAACGGUCUGGAUUUGGUGUGCAAUCGCAUGGUUGAUCCCAUUAAUGGCUAUUGGAUCAGCUUGGUCAUAGCCGCCUUUCUGCUUAUGCCCGUCCUCUGUGUGGCUCAUCGCUUGCAGUGUUUGUACCAGCAAAUAAGUCUACCACCGAUACGGCCUGUGACAGCCCGGGCCGGCAGAGUGACAGCCCGGGCCGGCAGAGUGACAGCCGAGGAGCCCAGCUGCCCCUUCUGCAGGGCCCACCAACCAAGAAUGGAAGGUGGUCAGUUGCCGCAUUCGGACUGCGAAGAAGUAACGAUUGUCGAUGACAGGAGCACGACAACGACAACGACAACGUCAACGUCAACGUCAACGGCGAUUAUCAACGAUUUAGAGUCCAAUAAAGACAGAAAGAACAAGCUAGAUUAGUCUUUGGUAGAGAUAUUUAUGUAUAAUAAAAUUUCUAGUGGUGUCUGUACUC